AUGCAGAGCACCUUACGCAAAGAGAUUUCUGAAGCUGUAGUGACUUACGAGGAGAAACCAAGAGAACAAUGGCUAUUUGAUUAUCCGGCACAGAUUGCUUUGACGUGUACCCAGAUCUGGUGGACGACAGAGGUUGGCAUUGCCUUUUCACGACUGGAGGAAGGCUAUGAAAAUGCUAUUAAAGACUACAAUAAGAAGCAGAUUAACCAGUUAAAUACAUUAAUUACACUCCUGAUUGGGAACUUAACCCCAGGAGACAGAAUGAAGAUUAUGACAAUCUGCACCAUUGAUGUCCAUGCCAGAGAUGUCAUUGCCAAAAUGAUUACAGCAAAGGUGGAAAGUUCCCAGGCCUUUACCUGGCAGUCCCAACUUCGGCAUCGCUGGGAUGAAGAAAAGAGACACUGUUAUGCCAAUAUCUGUGAUGCUCAGCUCCAGUAUUCCUAUGAGUACCUUGGCAACACUCCACGGCUUGUGAUCACACCACUCACUGACCGGUGUUAUAUUACCCUGACGCAGUCCCUCCACUUGAUCAUGGGAGGAGCUCCUGCAGGCCCUGCUGGCACAGGGAAGACUGAAACCACCAAAGACUUGGGCAGGGCAGUAGGGAUCAUGGUGUAUGUUUUCAACUGCUCUGAGCAGAUGGACUAUAAGUCCUGUGGAAAUAUCUACAAAGGGCUGGCUCAGACAGGUGCAUGGGGAUGUUUUGAUGAAUUCAAUCGGAUUUCGGUGGAAGUCUUGUCUGUAAUUGCUGUACAGGUAAAGAUUCUGCUUAUGUGUUCUGCUGUUGUGCCCAAAAAGAAGACCUUCAACUUCCUCGGAGAGAUCAUUUCUCUGAUACCAACUGUUGGAAUGUUUAUUACUAUGAAUCCUGGAUAUGCUGGCCGUACUGAGCUGCCUGAAAAUUUGAAAGCCUUGUUCAGGCCUUGUGCAAUGGUUGUUCCUGAUUUUGAGCUUAUCUGUGAAAUCAUGCUUGUUGCUGAAGGUUUCAUUGAAGCCAGGCUUCUAGCUAGGAAGUUUAUUACUCUCUAUACGCUGUGUAAGGAGCUGCUUUCAAAGCAGGAUCACUAUGACUGGGGCUUGAGAGCCAUCAAGUCUGUGCUAGUGGUAGCUGGUUCACUUAAGAGAGGAGACCCUGGCCGGGCUGAAGACCAGGUUCUCAUGAGAGCUUUGCGAGACUUCAACAUCCCCAAGAUUGUGACGGAUGAUUUGCCUGUCUUCAUGGGCCUCAUUGGAGACCUUUUCCCAGCACUGGACGUGCCUAGGAAGCGUGAUCUAAACUUUGAAAAGAUAAUCAAACAGUCCAUUCUGGAGCUCAAACUACAGCCUGAGGAGAGCUUUCUGCUGAAGGUGGUGCAGCUGGAGGAAUUACUCCAAGUCCGCCAUUCUGUGUUUGUGAUUGGAAAUGCAGGCUGUGGCAAGUCUCAGGUUCUGAAAUCUCUGAAUAAAACUUACCAGCUCCAGAAAAGAAAGCCUGUAGCUGUUGACCUUGACCCUAAAGCUGUAACCUGUGAUGAACUAUUUGGAAUCAUUAAUCCAGCUACCAGAGAAUGGAAAGAUGGCUUGUUUUCAACUAUCAUGCGUGAUCUAGCUAAUAUAACUCACCGUGGGCCCAAAUGGAUUGUUCUGGAUGGAGAUAUAGAUCCAAUGUGGAUCGAGUCUUUGAAUACUGUUAUGGAUGACAACAAGGUUCUCACCCUAGCAAGCAAUGAGCGAAUCCCACUAAAUCCCACCAUGAGGCUUGUGUUUGAGAUCAGUCAUUUACGAACAGCAACACCUGCCACUGUGUCCAGAGCAGGAAUCUUGUACAUUAACCCUGCUGACCUUGGCUGGAAUCCAGUGGUGAGCAGCUGGAUUGAGCGUCGGGAAGUACAGUCUGAAAAAGCCAAUUUGAUGAUCCUGUUUGACAAAUACUUGCCUACAUGUUUGGAUAAGCUGAAAUUUGGGUUCAAAAAGAUAACUCCUGUACCCGAAGUGACAGUGAUACAAACUAUCCUGUACCUUCUAGAAUGCCUCUUGACCCCAACCAACACACCUCCAGAUUCUUCCAAAGAGCUAUAUGAACUCUAUUUUGUGUUUGCUUGUUUCUGGGCAUUUGGAGGAGCAAUGUUUCAAGAUCAGCUUGUGGACUAUCGUGUGGAGUUCAGCAAAUGGUGGGUGAAUGAGUUUAAAACCAUCAAGUUUCCUUCUCAGGGGACUAUUUUUGACUAUUUUAUUGACCCGGAGACAAAAAAAUUUAUCCCUUGGACUGACAAAGUGCCAGUAUUUGAGUUGGAUCCAGAUGUCCCAUUGCAGGCCUCAAUGGUCCACACAACUGAAACCAUCCGGAUUCGCUAUUUCAUGGAUCUGUUAAUGGAAAAGAAAUGGCCUGUGAUGCUAGUUGGGAAUGCGGGCACUGGGAAGUCAGUGCUGAUGGUGGAUAAGCUGGACACCCUAAACAUGGAUGAUUACAUGGUGCAAGCUGUCCCCUUUAACUUCUACACAACUUCAGCCAUGCUGCAGUCUAUUCUUGAGAAGCCCUUGGAGAAGAAGUCAGGAAGGAACUUUGGUCCCCCUGGUACCAAGAAGCUCAUUUACUUCAUAGAUGAUAUGAACAUGCCAGAAGUCGACAAAUAUGGCACUGUGGCUCCUCAUACCUUAAUCCGACAGCACAUGGACCAUGGACACUGGUAUGAAUGCAAUGUGUCUUGUGACCACUGGUUAACAUGCAUAUUUGACUGGCACUGUUGA